AUGGAAACUCUAGAUAUUGAAAAUGAUAUCAUUCCAACUAUCAAAUCGAGAACAAAGAAAAGAGCUUCUAAAUCUUCAAUUCCUCUCCAAGACAUUACUCAAAAAGUGUUGAACAAGGGAAAUGUGAUUGCUAAGCAAUGCGAUGAAGAUUAUUCGAAAGGUAAAAAGGCGUUAAAAAGGGAAUCAGAUGAUGAAGAAAUUGCUUCUCCAAUCCCAAUCAAAUCUAGAAUGCCAACGAGAAAGCCUUUGAACAAGAAUACUGUUGAGGCAAAGCAACCUAAGAGAAAGAUCUCCCUUCCUUUAAUUUCUUCCUCGGAUGAAGAAGAUGAUUUUGAAGAAUUCAAACAAACUAAGAGAGUAAUAAGGAGAACAACAAGACCUCCAAAGAAGGUGAAGUUUGAAGAAAGUAGUGGUUCAGAGUUUGAGGAAAGCAGCCCUCAAGUAGUGUUCGAUAUUAGCAGUGAUGAAGAUAGUGUUGAGAUUUUCAAAUCUGAGAAGAAGGAAAUUAUAAAGAAGGAAGUGGUUUUAUCUGAGAGUGAAGAAAGCAGUGCUGAUGAAGAAGCAGAAGAACAAGAUGAGGAACUAAUGUUAGAUGAAGAGGAGGACUUUACUUCAUCCUCCUCUGAAGAAGAUUCGGAAGAUGAUGAUUAUCAACCAAAGAAAAGCAAGCCUCAAAGGAAAGCUGCUUCCAAACCUGUUGCUCCCAAGCCAAGAAAGAAUGAAAGGGUUCUCUCUGAUGAUGAAAUGGGCUCUGAAGAGGAAACCAAAGAAAAGCCAAAGGUUACUCUCACUAUUAAGAAAAAGAAAACUCCUGGCGAAUUGAGACAAUCUGAGAAUGGUUGGUGCUUUGAUGUGAAGAAUGAUCAUUACGUUCUCAAGAUUGGUGAUGAUACUUACGGUUUUGCUCUAUCUGCUGAUAUAUUCGAAAAGCUCUACUCUCACCAACAGAUCGGAGUUAAAUGGUUAGUUGAGAGACAUUUUGCUUCAUCUUUAAAAGGUGGUUUAUUAGCAGAUGAUAUGGGACUUGGUAAGACAAUUCAAAUUUCCUCAUUCAUUCAUGGUUUGUUUCUAACUCAGAAAGCUUCAAGAGUAUUGGUAAUUUGUCCAAACUCAGUGGUAGGAAAUUGGCAGAAAGAGUUAGAAAAGUGGGGAGGCGAUCAGAUUAAGGGUGUUGUUAUUUUCCACCAAGUUGGCAAAGCAUCUUCAACAAACAGAAAGAGACAAGGUUUUGUAAAGGAGUUUGAGAAGUAUGCAAAACAGGGCGGUGCUGUCAUGUUGUCCACCUAUCAAACCAUAGCAAACCAUGUUGAAUAUCUAUCAAAAUCCUUUUCAGGUGACAAACUUUUGGAUUCGAUCAUCAUAGAUGAAGCCCACAAAAUUAAGAAUAAGGAUGCCAAAUGCUCAAUGGCUUUGAAAACUCUUGGAUCUGCCUCAAAGUUUGGUCUUACUGGCACUCCCAUAAUGAACAAGUUGACUGAAUUGUAUUCUAUUUACUCUUGGUGUUUUGGAGAAGAUUUGCUUGGAUCGGUAUCAGAGUUCAGUUCCAAUUAUUCCACACCAAUUAAUCAGAGCACAAGAAGGGAUGCAAACUAUACUCAAAAAAUGGCUGGAAACAGAGCAGCAGAUGAUUUGAGAGAAUUGGUUAAGCCAUACCUUUUGAUGAGAGGGAAAAACGCAGUCCUUACCAUAGAUAAGAAUUUAUACAAGUCAUCAAGCAACACAAGUGCUAAAAUAGGUCAAAAGAAUGAUCUGAUUGUUUGGUGCAAGCUCACUGAUGAACAACAACAUUGGUAUAAGGAAUAUCUAUCAUCUGAUGACGUCAAACAAGUGCUUAAUAAGACUAUGAGUGCCCUUGUUGGUAUAGUUAUUUUGAAGCAAGUUUGUAAUCAUGCCAUUAUGUGUAGUGGUUAUGACGAAAUAAUGAAGAAAAAGAAAAAAGAACUUGAAGAGGAGGCAAAAGAAGACUUUGGAGCAGACAGCAGCGAUGAAGAUUUCAUUGAGGAGAGUGAAGUAGCUCCUUCCAUGUCCUUUGAUAUGGAUGAUUUAGAUGAUAAACAGAGAAAAGCAAUGGAAAGAAGGCUUAAAAAGAUUCAAGACGAUUUGAUUAAGGAAAGAAUCAGAAAUGAACCAAUCGAACAAUUGAUAUCUUCUUCCGUUAAAGCACAAUUGGUAAAGCACCUUGUUGAGAAAUGCAACGAAGAAGGACAUAGGGUAUUGAUAUUUUCUCAAUACACAAGAAUGUUGGACAUUAUUGGACAUGUUUUAAAAAGUAUGAAGGUAAAAUUCAAUAGAAUUGAUGGAAGUGUUACAAGACACCAAGACAGAACCCAAUUGGUGGACGAGUUCAAUGAAAAUGAGAAGAUUAAGUGCUUUAUUCUAAGCUCUCAGGCGGGAGGUGUUGGACUUAACCUUGUUUCAGCUUCAAGAGUUAUUAUUGUUGAUGCAAACUUUAAUCCAUCCAUAGAUGAACAAUCAGUUGACCGAUGUUACAGAAUUGGUCAAAAAGAGAAUGUGAUUGUUUAUAGAUUGAUUUCAGCAGGUACAAUUGAGGAAUAUAUUUACAAAAGACAAGUAAGCAAGACAACCGUAUCUAGAACAGCAACUAUUGCGUCAAAUCAAUACAGAUAUUUGUCUCAUGCAGAUCUAGAAGAAAUGUUCACCCUUAAAAAAACAAGUCAUAGUGAAACAUGCUCCAGAAUGAAUAGAAUUCACUCCAAAGAUAGAAGAGAUUGUGAUGGGCUUGAGGAGCAUAUUGAAAGUUUGAAGCAAAUGGAAAACGUUGUUGGCAUAUCAGAUCAUGAUGUAUUAUUCUGUAACCAAGCAGACGAUAUUGAUAGUGAUGAUGCAGAAAUUGAGGAAAGUAAUAGAUUGACCAGAAUCGAAUUGGCAAAGAAGAUGAGAGAAGCUUUCCAAAAGAUAGCAGGCUCAUCAUCUAAUAGUUCAGAAAUCAAACCAGAUGGUGAGAAACAAGAAAUUGAUGCUGAAAUAAGUGAAUAA